AUACCGAAAUGAUUGAAAUACUUACUAGUAGAUACUUAAAAAACUUACAAUUGAUUGUAGUUUGUACUCCUUAAACUUUCCGCUCUUAGCUAUAAUUUGUAUAAUUUUUCAGGUAUAAUUCUUAUUUUUUUAUAAUAGAUAUAUUCCGUGGAAUUUACUUCAAGAAAAAUGAUCGUGAUAAAUCGGCAACACCCCGUUAUCCGAAAAGCCGGCAACUGGCGAAUUCAGAACCAAAACAAUAUAAAAUAGGGAAAAAACAGUAAAGAAAGUUAUUAAUCUUUAAUCAUUAAUUAUUGCAAUGCCACCCAAAGGUGCCCAGAAGCAGGACCUAACUGUCAUCUUAUUUGAUCUGAAAGCAGCUCCAUUUUCUAGUGCCUUAGACACACUCUCAAAUAUGAUACUUUACAAACAGCUCUCCACAACACAACCUAUCGCAGACAAAUUAUAUCUGGUUAAUGCCCAUAAAACUUCAAAUGCAUAUGAAUACAAUGGGCUGUAUUGUAUUGAUCCUACAGUUAAAUUAACAGUUUUACUAGGUGAAAUUGCUACUAUGGCCGUGCAAAUUAAUGAUCAGAACACAUCUUGUUGGCUGAAUGCUUUAGAUGCUGCAAAAGAAGAUCUUAGGCCAUAUGCUAAGAAUCCCAAGAUAAUAACUGCCCAAAUUAUCUUUAUUACCGAUUUGGAAUGUUUUACUCCCCCAACAAAUCAGGAACAUUUGAAUCAGCUUAUAAAAGAUUUAAAGGAGCUUGAUAUAUUUCUUUACAUUGUGGGACUCUCUAUAGCACCACCAAAGACUCUUUUGACACAGAAAGAUGUUUGUGACUGGAUGGCUGGCUUGGAAUUGUACAAGAAACAUUUAAAACCUAUGGAAAGGCUUAUUAAGGAGACUCCUCAUUCUGUUAUUUGUAACUAUGAUGAUGGAAUACAUUUGGUUAAUGCAUUUAAAUAUUUUAAAGGUACGCAACCAUGGUAUGCUCCAUUAGAUUUCGGUACAAAACUGCAAGUGCUCACGUCCUCAUCUAGAAUUACCAAAAGGGGAGCACCAUUCAAACUUAAAAGCACCCUGCAUAGAAAAAGGCCUUGCUGGGUGUAUGAGGAUGAACAAGAAACUACCGUAGACUUAAGCGACGUUAUCUCCGGGGUUCUAUUACAUGGCAAAUUUGUCAAAAUAAACAAAGAUCGCUUUAAAAUCGACGGACAAAAAGACUUUCGCUUUUUAAUGUUUACCGAUGCCAAAAACGUUCCGGAGUAUCUUAUGCAAGCCGAGGCGACCUACUUUGUUACUGCCGAUCCAAGACAAACAGAGUAUAUCUUAUUUAAUACUAUAGUGGAAGAAAUGGCCGCGCAAAACUUAUAUGGAAUUGCCAGGAAAACUUAUGCUGCCAGAUGUUAUCCUAAAUUCGUUGUUUUAAUACCUAAGGUGGACCUUAAUGUAAAAGGCUUUCUUUCCUGCGAAAUUCCUUUUGCGGAUGAUUUAAGUGAAAUAUACCGAGAGGAUACUGUUGAAAAAGCUCCCAAAGUAAAAAUAGAUGAAAAUGCUUCAAAUUUCCUUGAUAGUAUUGAUGUUAAUGGUGAAAGUUGCAAAAUUCAUGUGCCCCUCGGUCCCAAAAUGAUGGUACACCCCACUACAUUAAGUAUCAUUAAUCAGGUGAAGAAGAAGUAUAUUGAAGAAUUUUCAAUUGAAAAGAACUGUAGCCCGAAUACUUCAGAAUGUGCUUUUGAGGAGCUGAAAGCCGAAUGGCCCGUUCGAAAUCUGGAGAAGGUUAAAAAAGAAAAAACCGAAAACGACAGUUUUGAUAAUGUCGAUGAUUUUAAUUUUAGUUAGGAUAGGCUUAUAUAUUUACUGUUUUUGUUGAAUUUCAUAAAUAAAUAAUACAUAUUUGUCUUUAA